GGGCGCCGAGAGGGGCGUUUCGGGGCCUCGUGCCGGGCGCUGGGGCCUGCGCCCUUUGCAUCCAGCAUGCUCCCAUCUAAGCCUUAUGAGAACCCUGAGGACUCGGGGCUGUGGUUACCCUUGUUUCGCAGAGGACCGAGCAGAGCUGGGGAUCCUGCUCCCGAGAUCACAAGAUUUCUGCUGCUCCCAAGUACUGGGCAUGGUCAAGCAGGUGGAGCGCCUCAGCCUGGGUAUCUUCCACCCUGCCUUCGCGCCCAUCGAGCACAUCAGACAGCAGCUGCAGGACUUACUGCCCACCGACAUUCAUGUCCUGGCCUCCCAGCGGCUGGGCAUCUCGCUGACCCGCUGGCCCGAUGGCCACAACAUCAUAGUCACCGACUUCGCGAGCCGCAGGGAAGUCAUCCAGGGACAGGAUGCCUUCUGCAUUUCCCAGAGAGGGUUGGAGGCAUAUUUCCAAGGAGACCUCGAGACAAGGUUCCAUGCUUGAUGAGUUUGGCUCUGGUCUGUACUUUAUACAUUCCUUUCUACUGUGGGACGAUCCCCCCCGAAUUCAGAGGGGAGCGCUACUUUGACGGGGGCCUGAGCAACAACCUGCCCUUCGCGGACUCUCCCUCCACCAUCACCGUGUCCCCUUUCCACGGGACAGUGGACAUCUGCCCCCAGAGCACCUCGGCCAGCAUUCACGAGCUGAACACCUUCAAUACGAGUUUCCAGAUAUGCACCAAGAACUUCUUCCUGGGGUUUGCCUCCCUCAUAUCCCCCAGCCCUGAGAUGGUAGCUGACAAUUGCAGACAAGGCUACCUGGACGCCCUCAGGUUCCUGGAGAGACGCGGACUUACCAAGGAACCAGUGCUUUGCAUGCUGGUGUCUAAGGAGCCCCCAGCCCCCGCGAAUGGGACCCAGGACACCGACCAUGACGGUGGCCAGAAGGGGGGCCUGUCUGUCAACUGGUCAGUGCCCAACGUGCUGGUCAAGGACGUGCCCGACUUCGAGCGGCUCUCACCAGAGCUGGAGGCUGCACUGAAGAAAGCAUGUAUGAGGGACACCAGCCCCUGGGCCCAAUUCUGUCGGUCAGGGCCCGGGCGGGCCCUGACCUACUUCCUACUGCCCUGGACGCUACCCUUCGAGUAUGUUUACUUCCGGAGCAGAAGGCUGGUGGCAUGGCUUCCGGAUGUGCCGGCCGACUUGGGGUGGAUACAGGGUGAGCUGCAGAGCUUGGGCCUCCGGAUCUGCUCCAGGUCGAAGGACCAGCUCCGCAGGCUGUUCAGCUUGCCGGUCACCAGCCCCCUCCAGCCUGGGGCACCUCCUCCUGUGGACCCGGCCAAGGAGCCCAGACCUCCCCAUCAGGCCUGAGGGGCACAAAGAGAGCCAGACCAGUGACUGGCCUCCCCUGGCCCUUGCCCUGGCCCUGAUCCUGUGCCCACAUCUGCCUCCAGUCCUUGAGUCCUGGCUCGUCUCCCAGAGCUGAGAGCCCAACCCUCGGCCCAGGGCCGGCACUGGAAUUGUCUGCCGAGUGGACGAUGGAGGGGACAGCCUCCCUUUCCUCUCAGACUCUGGUCCCUGACUGGGUGGGUGGGGUGACCCCCAGGAACCAAAGGAAGUCCCACCAGCCCCUCUGGAGCCCCUGCUCCUUGGAGCCAGCUCCCUGGGGCCCAAAGACUCCUUUUUUGGGAGAGGCCCAGCCCGUUGGUGUGUCCCUGGGUCACUGUAUCCAGGUCACCCUGCCCCUGUCUCAUCAGAGGGAAAAAGGAAAGCAGGAGCUGAGACACCCAUCUUGGUUCCGCAAUUUCCGUGCCAAGGGGCUUGGGGGCAGCAUGGGCUGGGAAGCAGGAUUGGGGGUGUUGCUGAGCUGUUUGAAGGGCACCUUACAGGAAAUGGAGAAAAUGCAUAUGCUCAUACCGGAGAUGGGAAGGCAAAUGGAAAUGAUGGGAUCCUUUCUCUGACCUCCUUUGUCCUGCACUAGCCCCAGGGUAACCCCCACGGCCUGCCUCAUUCCAGGAACCUUGAUCUCUGAUGAUUUCCUACUGGGUCCAUACAGCGGGAGCCCCCACAACCAGGAGAUAGGAAGGUGCGAGGAGAGAGAGGGGUUACAGUCUUCUUAGAAUCCC